AUGUCACAUCAAAAUCAUAACAAAAAUCGUUGCGUUCGCAAGAAAAUCGUAAUUUUCGUCUAAAAAAAUUAAAAGAAAAUCACAAAAAUGGUUUUGGAGAGUACUAUGAUAUGCGUGGACAACAGCGAUUAUAUGCGAAAUGGGGAUUUCUUACCGACGAGACUCCAAGCGCAACAAGAUGCUGUAAAUCUCGUUUGCCAUUCGAAAACUCGAUCUAAUCCAGAGAAUAAUGUGGGACUUCUCACCUUAGCAAAUGUGGAGGUAUUAGCCACAUUAACAAGCGAUGUUGGGAGGAUUUUGUCGAAAUUACACCAAGUACAACCAGAUGGAAACAUAAAUCUCCACACUGGGAUAAGAAUUGCUCAUUUAGCUUUAAAGCACAGACAAGGAAAGAAUCAUAAAAUGCGUAUUGUAGCUUUUGUUGGAAGUCCGGUAGCUGCAGAAGAAAAAGAAUUGGUUAAAUUAGCUAAAAAAUUAAAAAAAGAGAAAGUAAAUGUUGAUAUAAUUAGUUUUGGUGAGGAUUCAAUUAAUAAUGAGGUGUUAACUUCAUUUAUAAGUACUUUAAAUGGAAAGGUAGGAAAUGAUGGAUCUGGGAGUCAUUUAGUAACAGUUCCUCCAGGUCCCCAUUUAUCAGACGCUUUAAUUUCGUCCCCGGUGAUUCAAGGAGAGGAUGGAACAGGCGCUUCUGGAGCCUGUGGCUUUGAAUUUGGUGUUGAUCCCAAUGAAGAUCCUGAAUUAGCUUUGGCGCUUCGCGUUUCUAUGGAGGAGCAGCGUCAAAGACAAGAAGAAGAGGCGCGUAAAGCUCGCGAAGCUUCCGCGGCCGAUGGGACGGUUGAAACGGCCGCGAUUAAAGAAGAACCGACCGAGGAGGCUUUGUUGGAGAAAGCUUUGGCGAUGUCGAUGGAACAAGGGGCUGUUAAUCAACCGGCUGUUGAUUUUGCAAAUAUGACGGAGGAUGAGCAAAUUGCUUUUGCAAUGCAGAUGUCGAUGCAAGAUGCUCAAGAAACUACCUCUGGUAGUAAAAAGGAGGAAGCUAUGGAUGUCGAGGGUGAUGAGGAUUAUUCUGAGGUGAUGAAUGAUCCGGCUUUUCUCCAAAGCGUUUUGGAAAAUCUACCAGGGGUUGAUCCACAAUCGGAGACGAUUCGACAAGCUGUUGGGAACUUGAAGGAGAAAAAGAAGGAUGAUAAGGAUGAGAAGAAGAAGUAGAUUAAAACUUUUUUGUCAUAAUUUUUUUAGGAGUUCAUUUUUUUAUUAUUAAUAUAAAUUUGUCAGGUAUUCAUGGUGUGUAACCUAAAGGAAUAAUUAAUAAAUAAUGAUAAAGCAGUUCAA